AUGUUACCAGGCAUAGACCUUUUGUUCAGUUAUCCUGCUAGGAUUACUGGAGCUUCCGCUGAUGAGUUGAAGCUUAUUGCCUCCUUCCUUCUUUCUUAUCCUUUAGCGGGGCUGCUGAAGAGAAUCCCGGAUGGGGAGCCCUGGAAGAAAAAUGCCUUCAUUAUUGCUGUCUCUCUCUUCUAUCUCCUUGGGUUGUUUGACUUAUGGGAUGGCCUCCGAACCCUCAUCUACAGCGCUGCUGGCGUCUAUGCCAUUGCUUACUACGUCGAUGGCUCGCUGAUGCCCUGGAUUGGUUUUAUCUUUCUCAUGGGCCACAUGUCCAUCAAUCACAUCUACCGUCAGAUUGCCAAUGAUCCGCACUCCGUCGACAUCACCGGAGCCCAGAUGGUGCUUGUUAUGAAGCUCUCCGCCUUUUGCUGGAACGUACACGACGGCCGGCUGCCUCAGGAUCAACUCUCGGAUGCUCAAAAAUAUGCAGCAAUCACUUCGUUUCCCUCGAUCCUGGAUUAUACGGGUUAUGUUCUGUUCUUUCCAUCCCUCUUGGCUGGGCCCGCGUGCGACUAUGUCGAUUACCGCCGAUGGAUCGACACUACGCUCUUCGAUGUACCUCCAGGUACAGAUCCUUCCAAGGUGCCUCCAACUCGAAAGAAGCGCAAGAUCCCCCGAAGUGGCACCCCAGCUACUAUCAAGGCUGCGACCGGCCUAGCGUGGAUCUUUGCGUUCCUCCAGCUUGGCUCGUUCUACAAUGAAGGCAAGGUGAUGGAAGCCAGUUUCUUGGAGAACUCCUUCCUUCGCCGCGUCUGGAUUAUUUAUAUGGUUGGAUUUACGGCACGUACGAAGUACUACGGCGUGUGGUCAUUGUCUGAGGGGGCCUGCAUUCUCUCUGGAAUGGGGUAUAACGGCUUUGAUCCCAAGACUGGCAAGGUAUUCUGGAAUCGCCUUGAAAACAUCGACCCUUGGAAGCUCGAGACUGCUCAAAACUCUCAUGCCUACUUGGGAAACUGGAAUAAGAACACCAAUCACUGGUUGCGAAACUAUGUCUAUCUCCGUGUCACUCCCAAAGGAAAGAAACCAGGAUUCCGUGCUAGUCUUGCAACAUUUGCGACGAGUGCCUUCUGGCAUGGCUUCUAUCCUGGAUAUUAUCUCACUUUUAUCCUAGGAUCCUUCAUUCAAACCGUAGCUAAGAAAUUUCGACGCCACGUUCGACCCCUCUUCCUGUCUGCCGAUGGCAGUAAGCCUGGUCCAUACAAACGCUAUUAUGACAUUGCCAGCUGGUUUGUGACCCAAGUCACCCUCUCAUUCACCGUAAUGCCCUUCAUCUUCUUGUCCUUUGCGGACUCUAUGCGAGUUUGGCAAAGCGUCUACUACUACGGCAUUGUUGGCGUCAUCGCAUCUCUUGCAUUCUUCUCCUCCCCUGCGAAAUCCAUCCUCGUCCAGAAGUCACCAGCACGCUCUCGACCCGACAUCGUUCGCUCUACGAGUACGGAAAGCCUCCAAGAACCAACGCUCGGACUACCGAACGACCCAAUCCAGGAGUUUGACGAUGCUGUCCAAGAGAUCAAGGCUGAAAUUGAGUCCAGGCGUAGACGAGGAAGUGUGGUCACUAUGCCCACAGGCGAAGAAUUGAGAGCCGCCGUCGAAAGCAAGCUUGGUCGAAAACUCCCAUGAGCGGGCGCUCCCUUCUUUUCGGGUUCCAAUGUCAGGUCAAUAACUCCGGCAGCCCCAUCAGGCGGACUUGGCCGUUUGCUUUCUUUUCUUCCUAUUUACAUGCACAGUAUUAACCAACCAGUGGAUGACCAGGUGAAUUCCCCGGUGAGAAAUGCAGUCGAUAUAGAUGAUCAUGUGUCAAUGUGCACUACCUAGACGUGUUGUUGUUGUUGUUGUUUUCUUUUUUUUACACGGUACAAAGCGGCGCCCUUAUACUACUUUCCCCAGCCAGAUGUUACUGCAAAUCGAGUUCUGAGGCUUAUUUGCGCUUUUUUCGUAUUAAUUCAGCGCUUUUGAAUACAGAAUAGUU